AUGGAGAAGAUCAAUUCUUCAGUGGUGUCUGAGUUUGUGUUGCUGGGACUCUCAAGUUCUCAGGAACUCCAAUUUUUCUUUUUUAUUUUCUUCUCCAUCUUAUAUGUGGUCAUUGUGUUAGGGAACCUCCUCAUUAUCAUCGCAGUGACUUCUGAUGCCAGUUUGCACACUCCCAUGUAUUUUCUCCUGGGAAACCUUUCCUUUGUUGAUAUCUGUCAGGCUUCUUUUGCUACACCUAAGAUGAUUGUAGAUCUUUUGAGAGAACACAAAACUAUAUCAUUCAGUGGCUGCAUAGCCCAGAUUUUCUUCAUUCACCUUUUUACUGGAGGGGAAAUGGUAAUACUUGUCUCCAUGGCUUAUGACAGGUAUGUGGCCAUAUGCAAGCCCCUACAUUAUCUGAUCAUCAUGAAACAAAAGACAUGCACUAUCUUGGUAAUAAUCUCCUGGGCUGUGGGUUUGGUGCACACUUUAAGCCAGUUAUCAUUUACUGUGAACCUACCUUUUUGUGGCCCUAAUAUAGUAGACAGCUUUUUUUGUGACCUCCCUCGAGUGACCAAACUUGCUUGUCUAGACUCUUCUGUCACUGAAAUACUAAUUGUGGUGAAUAGUGGCAUUCUUUCCCUAAGCACUUUCUCAGUCUUGGUCAGCUCUUACAUCACUAUUCUUGUAACAGUCUGGUUCAGGUCUUCAGCUGCAAUGACCAAGGCACUUUCUACUCUGGCUGCCCAUAUAACAGUAGUAAUAUUAUUCUUUGGACCUUGUAUCUUUAUCUAUGCAUGGCCUUUUAUUACAUAUCCUGUGGAUAAAGUUCUUGCCAUUUUCUAUACCAUUUUCACUCCUGUCUUAAAUCCCAUCGUUUAUACUCUAAGGAAUAAAGAUAUGAAGACUGUGAUGAGGAAAAUUGUGACCCAUUAUCUGAGUCCUCACAAAUUUCCAAAAUGCUACUAG